ACAAGCUCAGAAGAAAACUUUCAGUCAUACUAGAAUCACUCCUGAGGAUUGAGGGGGACACUUAAACCUGAUGACUCAUUUUGUCUUUCAAUAAGUAAAUCACAUUUUAUCUGAGGUCGACACUUGCGUCAGGAAGUCAAGAUGUUUGCGGUCCAUUUGCUGUCCUUUUACUUCUCAAAGCUUCAGGAGGAUCAGAUCAAGAAGGUAGACCGGUAUCUGUACGCAAUGCGCUUAUCAGAUGAUCAGCUGAUGGACAUAUCAGCCCGGUUUCGGCGGGAGAUGGAGAAAGGACUGUCAAACGAGAGCAAUGCUACAGCUGCAGUGAAGAUGCUCCCGACCCACGUUUAUUCAACACCUGAUGGCUCAGAGAAGGGUGAGUUUCUGGCACUGGAUCUGGGGGGUUCCAAAUUUAAGGUACUACAGGUGAAGGUUUCAGAAGAUGGGAAGGGGAAAGUCCAGAUGGAGAGUGAAACCUUUCCCAUCCCUGAAGAGAUCCUUAAUGGCAACGGAACUGAGCUUUUUGAGCAUGUGGCAGAAUCUUUGAAGUCUUUUCUUCAGAAACACCACAUUAAUCACACAAGAAAACCUCUUGGCUUCACCUACUCUUUCCCAUGUGCGCAAUCCAAAAUAGAUGAGGGUGUCUUGCUGUCAUGGUCAAAGAAUUUCAAGGCUAGAGGUGUUCAAGGGAAAAAUGUGGUGCAGUUAUUACGGAAAGCCAUUCAAAAAGUUGGGGAUGUUGACGUGGAUGUCCUAGCUAUGGUCAAUGACACAGUAGGGGCCAUGAUGACCUGCGGAUAUGAUGACCAGAACUGUGAGGUGGGGGUUAUUAUAGGUACAGGCACUAAUGCGUGUUACAUGGAGGAAAUGCGACACGUUGAUCUGGUGGAAGGAGACGAAGGCAGGAUGUGUAUUAAUACUGAAUGGGGGGCCUUUGGAGAUGAUGGUGUGCUUGAUGAUUUCAUCACAAGCUUUGACCGUGAAAUUGAUGCCGCCUCAAUGAAUUCAGGAAAACAGCUAGGAAAGUACCUUGCUCUGGAUCUUGGUGGAACCAAUUUCCGUGUGUUGGUGGUUAAGAUUCGUACUGGUAUGCGAAAUUCAGUCAGGAUGUACAACAAGAUUUAUGCCAUUCCACUGGAGAUCAUGCAAGGCACAGGAGAGGAGUUGUUUGACCACAUAGUUCAGUGCAUCUCGGAUUUCUUGGACUAUAUGGGGAUGAAGAACACUCGUUUGCCUCUUGGCUUCACCUUCUCUUUCCCAUGCAGUCAGACAGGUAUUGAUAAGGGAGAUCUGGUCUGCUGGACGAAAGGCUUCAAAGCAACAGAAUGCGAGGGGUAUGAUGUUGUGGAUAUGCUGAGAGAGGCCAUCAAAAGACGAAAUGAAUUUGACCUUGAUAUCGUUGCUAUAGUGAAUGACACAGUUGGCACAAUGAUGACAUGUGCAUAUGAGGACCCUAAAUGUCAGAUUGGUCUUAUUGCUGGAACGGGAAGCAAUGUGUGUUACAUGGAGGAGAUGAAGAAUAUUGAGUUUGUGGAGGGUGAUGAAGGCCAGAUGUGCGUGAACACUGAAUGGGGAGGAUUUGGGGAAAAUGAUAAUAUCGAGGACAUCCGGACCAGAUAUGACAGAGAAGUGGAUGGAGGCUCACUCAAUCCAGGAAAACAAAGGUUCGAAAAGAUGACCAGUGGAAUGUAUUUGGGAGAGAUUGUAAGGCAAAUCCUCAUUGAUCUCACAAAGCAUGGUCUUCUGUUUCGUGGUCGCAUCACAGAGAGACUGAAGACCAAAGGCAUCUUUGAGACCAAGUUCCUCUCUCAGAUUGAGAGUGACCGUUUGGCACUACUGCAAGUGAGGUCUAUUCUGCAGAGUCUGGGCUUGGACAGCACAUGUGACGACAGUAUUAUUGUGAAGGAAGUGUGUGGAGCUGUUUCCCAUCGAGCAGCUCAGAUCUGUGGAGCAGGAAUGGCUGCUGUUGUAGACAAAAUCAGAGAGAACCGUGGUCUGGACAAUCUGGAGAUUACUGUGGGAGUGGACGGCACCCUUUACAAGUUACAUCCACACUUCUCCACAAUCUUAAAGGACACUGUCAGAGAGCUUGCGCCCAAUUGUAAGGUGGAUUUCAUCCUAUCAGAGGAUGGCAGUGGGAAAGGAGCGGCCCUGAUCACAGCUGUAGCACAACAGCAUCAUAUAGAGAAACAAGAACCUCACUAGAUGGUUUCUUUGAGGGCUGAUAUGUUGUUUUAAGAGUUCAGGUUUCUAUAAGUAAUCAUAUAGAUUUAUCAAAUGACAACACUCACAAAUUCUUGCUUAUUUUACAGCUUGCAUAUCUUUUUUUUUUUUUUUGCAUACAAAAUCAGGUACAUUGGCAGAAAAGUGUUCAUUUAUUACUUUUUAUUAUUUUAUUUUGAAUGUAUUAAUUAGUGAAAUAAAGACUGCAUUGAUGUUCAUCAUGUUCAGCAUCGUUUCACUCUCACUGUACAUUGCCACUUUGAAGGGCUUUUUUCUCGUUGUAUUUUUGUACCGACUCAGUGAACGGUUUGCAUGGGCAGUCAGAAUGAAAGGCUCACA